UUGUGACUCGUGAAUAUUAGGAAGGAAGGUCCAGUCAGAGAGGGAAGGUUCUGUAUUUUAUUUCUACAUGAGGAUUAUUUCCAGUAGGAGCUUCGGCUGUGCCUGGGUGAUUAAUACAGCAGGGCAAUGUGACCGACUGUACCACCAGAGCUUCGUGGGGCACCUGCUUGGCAGCCUAGUCCUCUAACAGAAGAAGACUCAAUUUGGCUCCAUCUGGUUUCAGUUACAAUGUCCCCAUUGGUGGCUGUGAUCUUAAUCACAGUGACAAUAGAAAGCAAGGGAGCUGCAGUCAAACCUGUGGUUUCCUUUAACCCGAACUGGGGCACCGUCCUCGCCUAUGAAUCUGUGACUCUGACCUGUAACGUGGCUCCUCCUGCCCAAAGGGAACAGAAAUAUCAUUGGUACAGAAACAAUCGCAACCUCACCAUUAAUGAUCAAAGCUUUACAGUGAAUUAUGCUGAAGAGAAAGACAUUGGGGAUUACCAGUGCCGGGCUGGUAAUGGGGAUAUCAGUGAAGCUGUUCGACUGGAAGUCAGUGGUGCUCAUGUGAUCCUGCAGGUUCCCCCCUUGGUUUUUGAAGGAGACAUUCUGUCUCUGAGAUGUCAUAGUUAUGACAAAUUCCCCGCAGUAGAGACAACAUUCUACAAGGAUCACAAGGAGAUCAAGAGCUUAGGCACGGCCUCUGAACUUCUAGUGGGAAAAGUCAAUAUGGAAACAAGUGGGUUAUACAAAUGUUCAAGGAGAAUAAAGUCUCAUUCCUCUUUUCAUAAUUACUCUGACCAAGUGGACAUUGUUGUGCAAGAGAUGUUCAGUCUCCCACAAAUAAAAGUGAGGCCAGAUCAGGUGUCAGAAGGAGAUAACAUGACCAUAACAUGUGACACAAAGCUCAGCCCACACAGAGAGACUACAGAGCUACAGUUUGCUUUCUACAGAAAUGGGCACAAUGUGCAGGGAUUCAGUUCAUCCAACCAAUAUGGAGUCCCCUCAGCUCAGCUGGAGCAUUCUGGGAAUUAUGCCUGUGAGGUACAAACUCCAACCGGCAGUGUGAAGAAGAUGAGCAAUGGACAGCAAAUAAAGUUACAUGGGGGAGGUCACGUGUAUCGGGCUGUCAUUAUAUCAGUGGCCCUGCUCUCCAUUCUUCUAGUUGCCGCUGCCCUCACCUACAAAUACAGGCACAAUCUGGCAUUGCCGCUUGCCUGUAACGGUCUCCUCCAUCAAAAACAAGUUUUAGUUUCUCCCGAUGCCGCUCUGCUCAGUUCUAUCCGUGUGAACGGUAGUGACAGUUCAACUGCCCUGGUCAGGUUGCCCAAUGAAGAGGCGGACAGGCCGGAGAAUGAAAAUCUCAGUGCUUCUCAGGAGAGCCUAAAGUAUAGUAAUUUGUCUACUUUUCCAGUGCCUUUCACAAACCUGACUACAGAAGACAUCUGUUACAGCCAUAUUAAUACCGGGCAGCUACACAAAGUCUAUCCUUCUGCAACCUAUAGACCCGAUGACUGCUCUGUAAUUUACUGUGUAGUGAAGCCUAUGGAGUCCCAGGAGAACACAGCAGUACAACCAUCUGACUGCUAAGGCACUUCUAUUUAACAACGUUUAUACAGUGCAUAGAAGAGAAGAAGAAAGAGAUUCUCGUUGUAUGUAGUUAAAGGUGGGAUCUAACCCAAAGACACUUGCCCUGUUAAAGGGUUCGGUAUUACAGUAUACUGAGAAAAAACAAAGGAUUUUGGAAAACCUGAGACAGCACAACGUUGUGUAAAUAGUUCAACUCCAAGCUGAUUGGUGCCAAAGUGAAACCGGCACAGAAACUGGGGGAAAAAUUCAACAAAUGUUUCCUACCUUGAUUCAUUUAAGUUCUGUGACUAUCUGGGGGAUUAUAUUGUUAAAUAAUACAUAUCACUAACUUUCUCUUGUAUAACCAUACAGAUAACAAUCAUGUUUGUUCUUGUAGGAAAAUCAUUGUUUAUGCUAUUUGAUUGUUUUCUUCCAUCUAUCAUAAAAUCAAAGAAGCUC